AUGAAAAAGGCCACGGCUGUUGGGGCAGAAGAAAUAGUUAUCAAUUUUUCGCUAGUUCAUAAAAUCGAUUUGUACUGCUAUUUUUCUUUGUUUACUUUCAUUGUGCAAAUUCGUAAAAGACAUUCAUAAUUAUCGUGUUUUCCUACUCACCAAAGUACUGGUGCUGCGCAAGUACGGAUGUAUUUAUAUGCGUCGGCAAAAUGUGAAAUAAAAUAAAUGGCAAAUCGAUCGAUUUUUGACAACGAAGUGGGAAAGUAGCGGUGUCUGGGUGUGUUUGUGCACUGCGACCAACCAAAAUUUAGACGAGUCCUCUAAGUAAGAGGACAGAAUAAAACCCUGUAGCUACUCUUCUCUUCUGCCAUGGAGCACACUGCCUCGCUGCCUGGCUACGUUCGCGAGAAGCUCGCCGAACUGGACUUGGAGCUGUCGGAAGGUGACAUUACGCAGAAAGGCUACGAAAAGAAAAGGGCGAAGCUGCUGCAGCCGUUCCUAAAGAAGCAAGAAGGCGACAAAGUGAAAAGUACACCGCCACCGCCAUACUACAACGUUAAAAAUGCCAACAACAGCAACAACCACGGAAACAUCAAUAACGACGGCGUCAUUGUGUCCAGCGAGGGCUACAGCUAUGUGACGGAGGUGCCCUCCCUGUCCUCCUCUCAGCAAAGACAUUCCAAAAAAAUCGACUUCCAUCAGCAAUCCGCCAUGGGGUCGUCAUCGACACCUCAGAGCGGAAAUGUUGCAGCUCCCGGCUACGAAAAUAUGCGACCGCAGGGUGGAGCAGUCGGCGAUCCCGGAUAUCAGAACACUCGCGAGCCAAGUGCUUUUCAGAAUCAGCAGUCCAAUAAUAGUCAGCAUCGUCAACGACGCACACAGCGCAAAGUGACGCACAAUGAGAAACGCUAUCAUUCUGAAGUACGACAAGAGGCCGUGCAACAGGCCCUUGCAGCUCUCAAGGGACGGCCAAAACCCAGCCUUCCAAUGCCAUCGAAGCGCACAUCUGUAUUAAACCGAAGCCCUGGAUGCAAUGAUGAGCUGGACUCAUCGACGGAUGACGAAUCCAUACCCGAGGAAACAAUUUCGCCCGACAAGGAGUACAAUUAUCCGCGGGAUCAUAUAAGCAAUAGCAUACUGCCACCCGAACCGAUAAUUAAACCCCCCAUUCGUGAAUCAUCGAUGGGUUCACAACAGCAUGCGCGGCCUGAUGUAAAGCAGAACCAAAUUCCAAAUCAGAAAUAUACGGCACCGAAUAGCGCUCCAGAAAGGCGUCCUCCGCAAAACUUACCUCCACUUCCAACUUCAGAAUCUUUAAGCGCCGACUGUCCGCCAAUUGCAUACAAGCGAGAGAAUGACUUUUCGGACAAAGCGUUCAAACAAAAACAAUACAACGCUCCCGAUAUCACACAGUUUAAUAAUGCACAUCGUGCUGCAGAUCGAGUGACUCGAUAUGUUAAUGUUUCUCAAAAUGAACUGAACGAGGCAGAUGCCAAUGGCAAGUGGAAAGUGUCGGCUAAGAUUCAGCAACUUCUUAACACCCUUAAAAGACCCAAGCGUCGCCCACUACCGGAGUUCUAUGAGGACAACGACAUUGAACUGGAAAUUGCUGCCAAUACGAAGGAUCCCAAUGCUCCCAAGCCGGAAGGCAGCACAAUGACUCCUGUGCAAGGCGAGCAGCUAUCCAUACCUGCAGGCCUUCCAAGAACGCUCGAAUGCGCACUCCAACGAUAUGGCACAAACUCGUUUAAAAGUCCCAUGGCUACAGUGCUUGAUCCGAAUGGUAAAAUAACAACUACCUUGACAUAUGGCAAGCUACUUUCGCGCGCACAAAAGAUUGCCCAUGCCUUGUCCACAAAAAUAUUUAGCAAGGGUCCUGAGCAAGUAACACUUAAGCCCGGCGAUCGUGUUGCUUUGGUCUACCCUAAUAAUGACCCCUUAAGUUUCAUUACAGCCUGGUACGGUUGUAUGUUUCGGGGUUUGGUACCCCUUCCAAUAGAAUUGCCGCUGUCUAGCUCGGAUACACCUCCCCAGCAAGUGGGCUUUUUAUUGAGUUCUUGUGGCAUAACUGUAGCUCUUACCUCAGAAGCUUGCUUAAAAGGUCUUCCUAAAUCAACCACCACGGGGGAAAUAGCUAAAUUAAAGGGCUGGCCACGUUUGCAGUGGUUUGUGACUGAGCAUUUACCUAAGCCGCCUAAAGAAUUCAAUGUUGGCAAUUUACGGGUCGACGAUUCGGCUGCAGCUUAUAUAGAAUACACGACAGAUAAGGAAGGCAGUGUUAUGGGUGUCACUGUUACUCGCGCAGCGAUGAUCAAUCAUUGCCGUGCUUUGACUAUGGCCUGCCAUUAUACCGAAGGCGAAACAAUUGUGUGUGUCCUGGAUUUCAAGCGUGAAGUUGGUUUAUGGCAUUCGGUCUUGACUUCCGUCUUGAAUGGUAUGCAUGUUAUUUUCAUACCAUACGCAUUGAUGAAACUGCGUCCAUCGAGCUGGAUGCAAUUAAUAACAAAACACCGAGCUUCUUGUUGCUUGGUUAAGAGCCGUGAUCUACAUUGGGGCCUACUCGCUACAAAAGAUCAUAAGGAUAUAUCGCUUUCCUCUCUACGUAUGUUGCUGGUAGCCGAUGGAGCCAACCCCUGGUCGUUAUCCUCAUGUGACCAGUUCUUGAGUGUUUUCCAAGCAAAAGGAUUACGCUCAGAUGCGAUUUGUCCAUGCGCCAGUAGCUCUGAAGUAUUUACUGUUUCCCUUCGGCGUCCUGGGCGGGGCUCUUGUGGAUUUAGUCCAUCAGCUACUGGACGUGGUGUGCUUUCAAUGGCAGCACUAUCACAUGGAGUUGUUCGCGUGGACAGUGAAGACUCAUUAACAUCACUCACUUUGCAAGACUGUGGUCAAGUUAUGCCAGCUGCACAAAUGGUGGUUGUUCGAUCGGAAGGACCCCCUGUGCUGUGCAAAACCGAUCAAGUCGGCGAAAUAUGCGUUACUAGCGGGUCCACGAGCGCCAGCUAUUUUGGUCUCGACGGAAUGACAAAUUCUACUUUUAAAGUUCAGCCUUUAUUGGAAGAAUUGGAACAACCAAAAGAUGGAAACGGCACGGUGAACAUUAUUUCCAAACCAAUUGGCGAAGACUUUUACGUUAGAUCAGGUCUACUGGGCUUCCUUGGCCCGGGUGGCUUGGUCUUUGUGUGCGGUUCCCGCGAUGGUCUUAUGACCGUUACCGGCAGAAAGCACAAUGCGGAUGACAUUAUUGCCACAGUAUUAGCAGUGGAGCCAAUGCGCUUUAUUUACCGAGGACGCAUUGCUGUAUUCAGCAUUAAAGUUUUGCGUGACGAACGCGUGUGCGUCAUUGCUGAGCAACGUCCGGACUGCUCUGAGGAAGAAAGUUUCCAAUGGAUGUCACGUGUUCUGCAAGCAGUAGACUCCAUUCAUCAAGUGGGAAUUUACUGCCUGGCACUGGUGCCACCGAAUCAUUUGCCCAAGACUCCUCUUGGGGGCAUACAUUUAUGCGAAGCACGACGAAGAUUUUUGGAGGGAUCCCUCCACCCAGCGAAUGUUUUAAUGUGCCCACACACUUGUGUUACCAAUCUACCAAAGCCACGGGAAUUACAUCAAGGUGUGCAAACUGCCGCAAAAUUAAGCUCAUCAUCUGGAUGUGGUAUUACAGACACGGGUGUAGGACCAGCCUCUGUGAUGGUUGGAAAUUUAGUUCAGGGCAAUCGCCUUGCUGAAGCCCAUGGACGGGAUGUUGGAUUAGCAGAAGAUUGCGAAAGAAAGCCUCAACUUAUAACCGGUGUGUUGCGUUGGCGAGCAAACACUUCGCCCGAUCAUAUAAUAUUUACACUGCUGAACUCUAAGGGUGCCAUCGCGAAAACACUGACAUGCUCUGAAUUACAUAAGCGGGCAGAAAAGAUAGCGGCAUUGUUACAGGAACGAGGAAGAAUUGAGCCAGGAGACCACGUUGCGCUAAUAUUUCCUCCAGGACUUGAUUUGCUGUGUGCAUUUUAUGGAUGCCUAUAUUUGGGUGCAAUACCAAUAACCAUUCGGCCUCCUCACCCACAAAAUUUAAAUACCACAUUACCCACUGUUCGGAUGAUUGUUGAUGUCUCUAAAAGUGGCAUUGUACUCUCCAUACAACCGAUUAUUAAGUUACUAAAAUCUCGGGAGGCCGCAACCUCCAUUGACCCAAAGACAUGGCCCCCUAUAUUAGAUAUUGAUGACAACCCAAAACGCAAAUAUGCUGGCAUAGCCACGGUCUCCUUUGACUCUAGCGCCUAUUUGGACUUUAGCGUAUCAACUUGUGGACGUCUUAGCGGUGUUAACAUUACGCAUCGAUCUCUCUCUAGUCUGUGCGCCAGUUUAAAAUUGGCUUGUGAGCUGUACCCUUCUAGACAUGUUGCUUUAUGUUUGGAUCCGUACUGCGGCCUUGGAUUUGUAAUGUGGACUCUUAUCGGAGUAUAUAGUGGCCACCAUUCUAUACUUAUCGCGCCCUACGAGGUCGAAGCAAAUCCCAGUUUAUGGCUGUCAACUCUUUCGCAACACCGCGUUCGCGACACUUUCUGUUCAUAUGGUGUAAUAGAGUUAUGUACUAAAGCCCUCAGCAAUUCUAUACCAUCCCUAAAGCAACGAAACAUAGAUUUGAGAUGUGUACGGACGUGUGUCGUGGUGGCAGAAGAGCGCCCUAGAGUGCAACUGACCCAGCAGUUCUGCAAGCUCUUUCAAGCCCUUGGACUGAAUACUCGCUGCGUGUCAACUUCGUUUGGAUGUCGUGUAAAUCCAGCCAUUUGUGUCCAAGGAGCUAGUUCUGCGGAAAGUGCUCAGGUGUACGUGGAUAUGAGAGCAUUGCGAAAUAACCGAGUCGCUUUGGUGGAGCGUGGAGCGCCAAAUUCGUUGUGUGUAAUUGAAUCGGGUAAACUUUUACCAGGAGUAAAAGUGAUAAUAGCUAAUCCCGAAACCAAGGGCCACUGUGGCGACUCGCAUUUGGGAGAAAUUUGGGUUCAAGCUCCUCACAACGCAAAUGGAUACUUUACAAUUUAUGGUGACGAAACUGACUACAAUGAUCACUUCAACGCAAAACUAGUAACUGGGGCCACCUCAGAGCUAUAUGCACGUACUGGAUACUUAGGAUUCCUACGCCGCACCGAAUGUUCUCAAUCAGCAUCCCUACUAGACGAGACCACACCAAGUGUGGCAAGUCGCGAUAGUGAUACGGAAUCUUUGAAUUCGAUAAGUCAAUUGCAAUUAAAUUUUUCAAAUGUCUCUCUGGGUGGAAAUUCCGAGCAUAGCCUAAUAGGCGGCGCAAGCAAUUCUAAUGAUCAAGAACUACACGACGCAGUGUAUGUCGUCGGAGCUGUUGAUGAAGUGAUCUCUUUACGUGGCAUGAACUAUCAUCCAAUUGAUAUCGAAAAUUCGGUAAUGCGCUGUCACAAAAAAAUUGCUGAGUGCGCCGUGUUCACCUGGACUAACUUAUUAGUCGUUGUGGUCGAGUUGGACGGCAAUGAAUCAGAAGCUUUGGAUUUGGUUCCCUUGGUCACAAACACAGUAUUAGAAGAUCAUCAGCUUAUAGUUGGCGUUGUAGUGGUCGUUGAUCCAGGUGUGGUGCCUAUCAAUAGUCGAGGCGAAAAGCAACGGAUGCAUUUACGGGAUGGUUUUCUAGCCGACCAACUGGAUCCCAUAUACGUAGCAUAUAACAUGUAAAUACACAAUUAUUCUUAUGAUGAAAUCGCCGUAUUAAGAAACGUUAAAAAGCGUUGUCUUCGUAUCUUAAUUCAAAACAAUCGCAAUCCACAAAAAAAAAAAAAGAAAUGGCUCAUUUUGGUAACGCACGCAUAAU